AUGAUUAAACCAUACGAAUAAGAUACAUAAGAAUGCUAGACAUUAGAAUAAGAGAUUGAAUAAAACUAUAGUAAGAAAUAAUAAAAGGAUUGUAUUGCUAUUAUUGAUCCUGAUCUAAAAUAUGAUUACAAAGAUUUAAUUUCUUAAAAGCAGGACCAGUUCCUCUUUUCUUUAUUUGAUGGUUAAAUAAUUAAAUCAAGUCUAACUGAGGCCAAUAUUUUGUAUAAGUGUUAUAGCAGUCCUAGUAUAACAAAUUAAUUUCUUUUAAUGGUUCAUUAUGCUUAUUACAAUCAUUUUCCACUAAAAUUUAGUCCAGAUAACAUAUAAUUAUUAAUAAAUUAAGGCUUCUGUGCUCAUAUAAAAGAAAAUGCUGAAUAUUUCAGAAAAAGGUUUGUAUAACAUGAAGGAUAAAAGGAACUAAAAAUAUUCAUGGAAUCAGAAGACAUUAAUAAUUAUGAUUGGGAAAGUAUAAUCAAUAAUUUUUCAAAUCAAAUUAAAGCAGAUAUUGGAAAUGAGUAAUACAAUCUAUGUGUACACAAAUACUCUACAACAGAUUAAAUUUCUAGGACUUGCUAUGAGGUAAGUUUGAUGGAUACUAUGUAAAAGUAUUUUAGUUAUAGUAUGUCCUGUGGAUGUGGAAUAUCAAAAAUUAAAUUAUUAGGGACAUUAGAGGAUUGGGAAUGCUUAAGAAAAAAUACUGAAAAACUUAAAACAUUUGGAUUAGAUUGGUGGUUAGACAGAAUAUUACCCAUUUUAGAUUAAUUCAUUAAUUUACAUAAAGGAAAUAUAGAUCAUGCAUUUUGGAAAGAUAUCUAUAGAUAUUAAAACAAGAAAGGUAUUUAUGAUCCAACACCUGAAUAUGCAACGGGUUGGAUUACUAAUUUCUUCUCAUAUAAAAUAAAUGAAAAUGCAAAUGUAGAAGAUCUAUAUAAUAAGUUUGUAAGAAAUUAAUUUUCAAAAUAAUUAACAAAACAUCCCCAAUUGCCUAAAAAAUAAAUACCCACUGGAAUAUCCUAAGCCCCUGUAAAGCUUAUUAAUUAGAGAACUAAAGUAAUUAUGGAUCUUAAAUUUAAUGCCGGAUUUUUGGGUGUAGCUAAAGACGAAGAAGGAUUUAUUUAUGCUUAAUAAGGAUGGGCUAUUAUAAGAUAAAAUUAGAACAGAAAUUUCUUUGAUGAAUUUUAUUGA